UUUCAAAGGAGAAAAAAAGGAAACCCAUUUCCUUAUUGCAUCUUUCCAACAAUUUCCUCUUUAUCCUGUAUACUUUUUUUUCGUUUCCAAUAAAAAAAUUGAAUUAUAACAAAAAAAAGUGUUAUAAUAUAGUGUUGCACUUUUUACACCAUGAGAAAAUUGAGUCCAAAUUUGGACAAAGAAGAUGGAUUGGAUACAGUUUUGGAGGUUCCUCUUCCAGAAGAAAUGUUUAGCAAAACGGGUAGUAGCAGUGCAGCAAUCAAGUGGAGGAAUAUGUUAAAUCUAAUGCGAGCUGAUAAAUUGCCUGCUCGAUCCAAGGCGGUUUCUUCUGGAAAUAAUGAUCAAUUUAUGUUCUUAUUGAAAAUUGUUGGAUCUGCUCUUAUACCUUUUCAGGUUCAAUUGGAUCAUGCUGUUAACUUGCCUGUUACAGAUGGUUGCAUUAAGGCUUCUUCUGCAAAAUACAUAGUACAGCAAUAUCUAGCAGCUAGCGGAGGGCAGGCUGCGUUAAAUUCAAUCAAUAGCAUGUACGCGGUGGGGCAAUUGCAGAUGGCAAUGUCAGACAUUCAGCAAAGUGGUAACCAAAUUAACUCCAAACGUACAUGUGAGGACGGAGGAUUCGUUCUUUGGCAAAAGAACCCUGAUCUGUGGUUCCUAGAAUUUGUCGUAUCCGAUUGCAAGGUCAGUGCUGGUAGUAAUGGUACGGUAGCCUGGAGUCACUCUUCCACCAAUUCUAAUGCUUCAAAAGGUCCUCCAAGACCACUCAGGAGGUUCUUUCAGGGACUAGACCCCAGAUCAACAGCCAAUUUAUUUCUGAAUGCUGUUUGUAUUGGAGAAAAGAAAAUUAAGGACGAAGGCUGCUUUAUACUAAAACUUGAGACUAGCAAAGACAUGCUGAAGUCACAAAGCACGGCCAACACAGAAGUUGUUCAUCACACCAUAUGGGGCUACUUCAGUCAACGCUCAGGACAUCUCAUCCAAUUCGAGGACACAAAACUAGUAAGAUUGAAGUCAGUGAAAGACAAUGACAGUAUUUUUUGGGAAACAAGCAUGGAAUCAACACUUAAUGAUUAUAAGUAUGUCGAAGGUAUCAACAUAGCACACAUUGGGAGAACUUCAGCAACAAUUUAUAGAUAUGGAAAAAACAUAGACUAUAGAGCAAAAGUUGAGGAAACAUGGAGGAUCGAAGAAAUUGAUUUUAACAUAAGUGGUUUGUCAAUGGACUGUUUUUUGCCUCCUGCUGAUGUUAACAAGGAGACUGAACAUGAAGAAUGGAAUUCUAGAGGCUCUUUAGCUGAAAAUAGAACUGUAUGCUAAUGUGAAAAUGUUUUUGUAUAUAAGAUAGAUAGGCUGUUAGCUCUUCUUCUUAUCGCCUUUACAAUGGGUAAUCAAUGAUUUUUUCC